UCAUUUACAACCCAAUCAAGCCGCGUUUGAUUUCCUCUUCAAAAUGGCAAAAACCCACAACACAAUCUCUUGUACCAAAACCACCAUGAAUUUAUCAGAUACCCACAAAGCAUUCUUUCUAUGGCUCACUCUCUCAUCUUCUUCUUCCUCUUUUUCUUCUCUUCUUUGAUUCCAUUCAUUCAUUCACUCUCAACUGUAUCAAUCUCUCGUGCUACGUCUAAUCAGACCUUAGUUUGUGCAUUAACCCGUCAAUCUUCUCUCAACUGUUCUAGUUUUCCUUCUGGAAUCCAAAUCCCUGUGAAUCCCAAUACUUCUUUUUCUGGUCUUGUGGGAGGAGAUGGGUUUAUGUGUGCCUUAACGUCUUUCUCUUCUUUAUCCACUUCUGCUAUUUUUUGCUGGAGAUUCUCUGCUAAUGGUACUAACAUGGAGUAUAAGAGAAUCUAUAAUGGCACCACAGUUAAUGAACUUGAAGCAGGAGACACCCACAUUUGUGGUCUUUUGGGUGAUUCCAAUCAGCUUGAUUGCUGGCAGUGGAGGGAGUUCAACUCAACAAUCCCUCAAAAUCUCUCGAAAAUUGCAGUCGCCGGUGACUCGGUUUGUGGUUUAUCCGAGACUGGAAGGCCUAAUUGCACACCAAGUGGUAUCAGUACUGGCAUUGCUAAUGUUCCUAAUGGAAAUUAUAGUGUGAUAGCUGCAGGAUCAAGACAUGCUUGUGCAAUCAAUUCUGGUAAUUCUUUGGAUUGUUGGGGAGAUUGGGUUGGUGAGAUUCCACAAGGUGAGUUCAUUUCAUUGGCCUUGGGAGAUGACAGAAGUUGUGCAUUGAGGACUAAAGGGAGUGUAGUCUGUUGGGGGCAGAAUAACUUCAGUUUGCCAGAAAGUCUGGGAGAUUCCUCAUUUAUUUCCAUUGAAGCAAAGAGAGGAGUUUUUUGUGGAGUAUUGACUGUAAAUUUUUCCUUGCAAUGUUGGGGUAAUGAGAAUUUUGAGACCAAUCAUGCAGUUUUUGAAGAGGUUCUGCCAGGACCCUGUAGAAAUGAGUGUCCCUGUGGUCCAUUGCCGUAUUCCGGCACGAUUUGUGGCCAAGGAUAUAUAUGCCAGCAUUGUGAGACGAGAACUCUACCAUCUCUACCACCAGUAUCACCACCUUCCCCCCCGCCACAACUGGGUUCCAGAAGCGAUGGUUGGAGUCCCAAAAUGGUGGCUUUUCUGGUCAUGGGUUGUGUGGGUUCUCUGGCAUCAUUGCUUGUCUUGUGCUUCUUUUGCCUCAAAUAUUGUAAGAUCAAAGGUUGUCGCGUGCACGAUUCAGGGCCAUUGGAAGAGGCAACGGAACAGAAUCCGAACCAGAACCAAGGAGCUGCACCACCAGUAUUGCAGAAGAGACUUAGCCAGUUAACCAGCAUGGGAAAUGCAGGUAAUUUAGAGGAGUUUUCAUUGCAAGAACUCCUUCAAUCCACAAACAAUUUUGGAGAAAAUAACAAAAUCGGCACGGGCAGCUUUGGAGCAGUGUAUUAUGCCAAUCUAACAGAUGGAAGAGAAGUUGCAAUCAAGAGAGCAGAAACAUCAAACUCUUCACCAUAUAUUACAGUUGCCACCAGAAGAGAACAAGACAAGGACACUGCCUUCAUCAACGAGCUCGAAUCACUGUCCCGGCUCAACCACAAGAACCUCGUCCGUCUCUUAGGAUUCUGUGAGGAUUCCAAUGAACGUGUAUUAGUCUAUGAGUACAUGACCAAUGGAACACUCCAUGACCAUCUCCACAAACUUGGGAACUCCCCCUUAAUGUCUUGGUCCGCAAGGAUCAAAGUGGCAUUGGAUGCAGCCAGAGGGAUUGAGUACUUGCACGUCUACGCUGUACCACCAAUCAUACACCGCGAUAUCAAGUCAUCAAACAUAUUGAUCGAUGACACAUGGACCGCCAAGGUGUCCGAUUUCGGGCUCUCCAUGAUGGGUCCCGUGGGGGACGAGUCACACGUGUCGUUACGAGUAGCUGGCACAGUUGGGUACGUGGACCCAGAGUACUACAGGCUGCAGCAGGUGACUACUAAGAGUGAUGUGUAUAGUUUUGCAGUAGUAUUGCUGGAGAUGUUAAGUGGGUGCAAAGCCAUUCACAAGAAUGAGAAUGGUGUGCCAAGGAAUGUGGUUGAUUAUAUGGUUCCAUACAUUGUUCAGGAUGAGAUAGAUAGGGUUUUGGACCCAAAGGUGCCACCACCAACACCAUUUGAAAGAGAGGCAGUAAGGUAUGUAGGGUACUUAGCAGCAGAUUGUGUGACAUUAGAAGGCAGAGAUAGGCCAUCCAUGACUGAGAUUGUAGAUAGUUUAGAAAGAGCCUUCAAUGCUUGUCUGGUUCACCCUUCAUCAUUGUCCCGGUCCACGACCGGGUCCUCGACGUAGUCUGUGGAUUAGUAUGCACACACAAAAUGUAGCAUGAAUUAGUCAAUGUAAAGUUUCCUUCUUUCUUUUUUUCCUUCCCCACAUUUGUUUAUUUAUUUGAGACAAAAAAAGGGAAAGCUGAUGAACCGUUGUACCUACUCCAAUUAGAGACCAGAUUGUGAAUCACAAGAGUUUCUUUUUUUAUGGAUUACUUUUCU